AUGAUGCAGAGGAACAGAAUUUUCUUCAAAACUGGUUCAAAGGGUUUCAAAAUAUAUAAAUCCAAUUUCGAAAGUAUCAAAGAUCGUAUUUCAAAGGGACCAAGUCUUCAAGAUUUCAUAAAUAAUGAUGAAUCCCUGUCAAAACACACACCAGAAGCUUGGAAACAGUAUGAUGGAAAGCUGAAACGAGAAAAGGGAGAAGACCAAAGACUAAGACUUCCCCCUUGGCUCAAAAGAACAAUACCUACUGGAAAAAACUUCAGUAGGAUCAAAGAACAGCUCAGGGACCUUAAUUUGCAUACUGUUUGUGAGGAGGCACGGUGUCCCAACAUUGGUGAGUGUUGGGGUGGAGGUGAACAUGGAACUGCUACUGCUACUAUUAUGUUGUUGGGUGAUACAUGUACAAGAGGAUGCAGGUUUUGUUCUGUGAAAACUUCUAGGACUCCUCCACCUCCUGAUCCAAAUGAACCAGUGAAUACAGCAACUGCUAUUGCUUCAUGGGGAUUAGAUUAUAUUGUACUCACAUCUGUAGAUAGAGAUGAUUUGUCUGAUGGUGGAUCCAAUCACUUUGCUGAAACUGUUAGGGAAAUUAAGAGGCAGAAUCCCAAUAUUCUGGUAGAAUGUUUGGUUCCAGAUUUCAGAGGAGAUUUGGAACAAGUUAAGACAAUAGCUGAAAGUGGUUUGGAUGUUUAUGCACAUAACAUUGAAACUGUGGAAUCUCUCACACCUUUUGUUAGAGACAGAAGGGCACAAUAUAGGCAAUCCCUUGCAACUCUGGCAGAAGUAAAAAAAAUAAAUCCUGAUCUCAUCACAAAAUCUUCUGUUAUGCUGGGCCUUGGGGAAACAGAUCAGGAAAUUGAACAGACCAUGAAAGAUCUGAGAGAAAAUGGGGUAGAUUGUGUCACAUUUGGACAGUACAUGCAGCCAACCAAGAGACACCUGAAGGUGGUUGAAUAUGUCACUCCAGAGCGCUUUUUACACUGGGAAAAUAUUGGGAAUGAAAUGGGGUUCCUUUAUGUAGCUAGUGGACCACUAGUUAGGAGUUCCUAUAAAGCUGGGGAGUUUUUUAUUGCCAACAUUCUGAAGAAUCAUAAGAAAAGUUCUGCCUCCUCAAAUGAGAAGUAA